UUGUUGCUGCGCGAGGAGAGGCGGGUAAAAAUGUAAACACACAUCCAUCCUGAUGGAGAGUUUGUGUUUGGUAGCUCCUUAGACUUUAUUUUGUUUCUCUUUUGUCAAAUGUAACACUGUAGAGCUGCUCUUCUGUAGCUUCUCUUCACUCUAUUUAUAAUAGAUAUUACUGAAAUACUACUCUACCGGCAUUUUGGUAUUGAACGCUAACCAAACAGCAGCUAACUCGUUAGCCAGCAAGCUAGCUAGCUAGGGUUACAGCUCAGCAGCUACUAUAAAGUAUUAAUGUAUUAGCGUAAGUUAACUGUUUCUACCUACCGUUUACUGAUGCAAUUUGAUGGAGGACUACGACCAGUUUGUUCAGCAUUGUUCCUCCCAUCUGAGGAAGAGUGAGGAGGAAGACAACAAACCUCCACCUGCCUCCUCUCUCAUCCGCUUCUAUGGACGACCCAUCCUUCCUCCCCUGCUCUCAGGGGGGCAGAGAGAGGAGAUGCAGCGACACAGAGAUGCAGAGCAGAAAGCUACUGUCCACAGGAAGAUGAAAGAUGAUUUAAGAAUGGCCUACGUGCAAACUAUCCUCCACAGUGUUCAGCUGAGGAAAACACCAACACUGCAGGAGUUGCUUCAAGAGUCGGAGAUAAAACAAAAAUCUUCACAUUCCUGCAACACCACCGUUGGAUCGGGGUUGCAGAGUAAUUUAUUCAUAGGAACAAAGGAAAGCCUUUCACCCUCACUGCUGUCUGGAGAGAAAGACAAGGAUGGUGUUUAUUUUCCUCCAUUGACAUCAACUACAUAUAGUGCCUAUUUUGCCUCUGAUGUGACAACUCAGGAAAGUUACCAGAAAGAAUGCCUUAUUAAGCAACAUAACAGCCAACAGGUUUCACAGCCAGGCCAACAGUCAGCGUCGUCCGGUUAUGUGACCUUUGAGAAUCUGGAGAACAGCUCCAAUGUCUCUGAAAAGAUUGAUGACGAGAGAGAGAGCUUUGGCUCAUCCGAGGGAGCUUAUCGUAAUAACAUGGGUGGCCUUUUCCUCCAAAACACCUCAAACACAAUCACCAAGAUGCCAGAUAUUAUCAGCCACCCUCCCAUCGAUGGAGAGGAAUUAGAGAGGAGUGGACUAGAAUCAGCAAUUUGUAGUAAUUUUACAUUAAUGAAAGACAUGAGUUGCACCUCGCUCCAGGAGGAUUCAAUCAUAUGUGACCAUUUACAAGAUGGGACAUCUAAAAGCAGUCAUCAAGACAGCACAGAGAGUGGGGAUAACUUUUCAUUUUCUUCAGCUAUUGGACUUGACAAUGAUCAGUGUUUGGACAGAAUUGAGGGCACAGUCUCUUCAUCAGAAAACAGUGGCAUUUCAGACAAUCUGGAGUUAUCACAGAUAUUAAGCGCUCAUCUCAAUCCACAGACAGAGCUAGACAUUCAGCACAACGGCAUCAAAUCCGAACAAGCAGGACACCAUGGAGACGAAGCAAAUCCAACUGAGGAGCCUUAUCGCAUGAGCCUCCAGGCCUUGCUGAAGAAAUCUCAGGAGUACCGGCGGAGCCAGCGAAUGCUUAGGAACCAAGCCAAAAACACUAAAAUGCAGGAGAGGACCCAAGAACAGACGAAAGCAAGGGUGGAGGAGCAGAGCCUCUCUGAUAAGGAGAAUGACGAAUUUCCUUAUAAGGGGACUGUGACCGAUGAGGGGAAGAAAAUGAAGGAGAGGAGAGGCACUGUUAUCUCGUCUGCGGACACGCCAGCACAGAAAUCCUGGGGAAAUGAUACAGCGUUUGAGAGUGAGUUUUUUGGGGAAAAGCCAAGCUUUAAUUUAGAAAGCACACAUUUAAAAGGAGAUGGACAUACUAAUGAAAUUAUAAGUGUUGCGAAGGAAACGGAAAUCAAAAACAACAAGCUGAAUAUUUCACAAGAUGUCAUAGCAGAGCCUAACCAAAUCAGUCCCGCCCCCCAGCAACAGCCCACGUCGACAGAAACCUCGCCCAAUCAGGAAGUCAGUUACUUGACAACCUGUCCCAAAGCUUUUUAUAAUGGGUUGGGGAAAUAUAACACUAUUCCAGCCCCUAAUUUCUGUAUGAGUCCUGUUAAAAGCAAAAGCAUUAUCCAAGAUGGAGAAGCUCUCAAUGGGGCGGAGACCUCAGAGAGGAACGUUUUAGUCAAUUCUGGUUUGAAUGAAAGCCACAAGGUUCAAGACCUGGGAGCUAAAAACAGUCCCACAUUAGUUCCAUUCACUGUGAACAUCACGGAUGAAGGUCGUGUCACAAACGUUUCAGCCAAGAGCUCACAGCACAUAGAUCAGCUCGAGUACGACCUGUCCAGCCUGAAAGUACUGAUCUCAGAUCUGGCGUCCACACUGUCAGAAAACUUGGAAAGCCCUGGCCUAACUGACAGCAACACGCGAAACGAGUUCAGUUUUAACAAACUAAGGCAUGACGAAGAGGUGGAGCAAGACCAAAGACUCGGAGAACAACCGCUAUCAUUAGACAAUUUAAAUCACGUGAUUGAAGAUACUGGAUCUGAGCCAUGCAUCAGUGACACUAAUGAUGUUCUGGCAAAAGAAGCUGUUAAUGUUAGCGAACUCAGGCUAUCCAAAACCUUAGCUACAGAGAGAAGAAAGGACAAAGAAACAUGUCAAGAAGCACUUAAAAACAGUCAUGGACAGCACGGUGGCAACAGAAAGCCCACAGCUAAAUGCAUCCUCUCUGUAACGCAGCGGAUGCGCAUCCCCGACGUCUUCAGAAAUGUUCCGUCCGCAACGACGUCUUCACGUAACGUCUCCGUGCUUUCGGAUUCCAGUAACCUACCGGCGGAGAGAAAGAACGAGGCGACUGCAGAAGGUUACGAUUCCCGCUCACCCUCUCUCAACCAGUCGUAUGACGUAGACGCACCGUCUUGCUUGUGGCUCCACGAAUCGUCAGGGUCCGACAAAAGUCAUCUCUUUCAGGAGAAAAGUCUGACCCCAGAGAGUGGAGGUGAAGGUCAGGACGGAGGAUCCAAGGUCAAACGGAGGCUGCUCAUGCAAAUGACAGAAGAGACAAGGGAGAGGAGUGCAAAGGCCAGCAGGGUGGACGGCUCUGUGAUCAGACCGAACAUCAGCAGUCCCCGAGAUGUGCUGCCUCCAGCUGCAGUGCGCUCAUUCGAAGGCCGUGGCGGUCAGGAAGCGGAGCAGGAGCAGCUGAAACAGGCCCACACUGCUCAGGUCCGAGCGCUGCAGCAGGAGCACCGCAGACAGCAGGAAGAACUGAUGCAGGCGUUGGCAGAGCGCUACCGUCUCCUCCAGAGCGUGUCCUUCCCUUGCUCCAUGUCAAGCUCACGUCCCGGGGACACGGCGACCUUUUCUCUCCUCUCUCAGCCCUGCUGCAGCCUGCUGUCGGAGCGCUGCCGCCCCCUGCUGGCAGCCGCUGUGAAAGGUUUCCUAACUCGCAGGAUGCUGAGGACGGAGAGGGUGGCGCAGCUGGGGCGCACCGUCAGGGACACACACCAGUUCCUGCAGGCCCUCCAGCAGCCGAGCCCGAGCAGCAGACAGGACGUUUUAUUGCAGGAGAGAGUCACUCUGCAGCUGCGCGCCGCACGUUACGAGGUCCAUGACAUAUUCUUCAGCCUGUCAGCCGGGGAGAGGAUGCAGCUGAUUGGCUGGGACAGAGAGCUGGCCAGAGAGAGGGAGCUUAGGCGGCAGAGUGGCCAUCCCAGAGGAAGGAGUUCUCUCUCCGUUGCCACACAGAAAUCACUGGAGAGGAAGAGAGGAAUGAUGAUCCAGAAAAAGGCAGCAGAAAGGCACAAGGGAGUGGUGACGAUGAGUGGACACUGUAGUGGGCUCUCUGCUGAGCAGCCGCCGGAGACCAGGCGAGGACAGUUCAGAGCCAACCCUCAGAGGGUCCCCAAGAGCACUCGCUCCUCCAGACCCCGGUGAAACCGCUUAAUUGGCCCCAGUGUGGACUCCUAAUAAGGCCUCUAGCGAUUACAUAAAUAUUGUAAAUCUAACAAUUUGAGAGGAAUCCAAAUUCAACACAAAGCGAUGCCUGUUGCUGACGAAUAUAUUAUUGCUUUUUCUUAUCUGUGAUGUGAAAUUUCAUCCACUUCAAAACCAGGGUAUAAUACAGUGCUGACAGCCUUCAGUUUGGGUUAAACAUCAGCUGCUCUGUCAGUAACACAAACUCUUCAUCAGGUCUGCUUCCAGUUCUUCUCUCCAAUAUAAGUGUACUAAAGCUGCAGAUAAGUAAGUGGGACAAGUGUUGAGUUGGCAAAAAGAAAACACUUCCCAACCUUAAGCAGAAAAGCGCUGACCAGAAAGAUGCUGUUUAUGAAUUGCUGCAGACAUUAUGUAAUGUCCUAGCAGGAAGAUUGCAGGUGUAAUGAAUAACUUUAACAGAUAGAUAUUUCUGUAAGCCAGUGGUUUCAAACCUGGGGGCCGCAGCAACAAUAUAUUCAGUAUAUGCAACACAAAUUACAGUUUGUUUUUAGACUUCUUUGUGAAUUACUGGAGGAUCUGACCUGCUACUGCUUCUAAAGCUUCACAAAUAAAUAGGAAGGAUCACUAAUUGGCUAUAAGUAGAAAAGAAGAAUGCAAUAGCCCUGAGCGAGCAAACACGACACCAGGAUUCAGGAACUAAAGCUCCUAACUGGAAUGCAGCCAAGACUAAAGUUAUUCAUUACACAUCAAAAUGUCUCGUAUGAAAAAGGAGCUUUUAAUCAGGUUAUAACUCAGCUGUGUUUGCAGUGCUUUUCCAGUUGUCCAAUGGUUCUCUGCUUUGAAGGGUGGAUUUGAACAUUGAAUUAUUUAUUCCCCUCAAAUGUUUGUGCCUAGUUUACCAAAAACAGACAAUCUCCCCAUAUCAAACCCUCUUUGUGUGAUGUGAA